AUGAAGUUCACCAUCUCCCUUCUUCUGGCUGCCAGUGCAGCCCUCGCCGUCCCUAUCGUCGAGCGAGACAGCUCUAUCCAAAUCAGUGACUUCUGGGCCAGAGCUAGCGUUGUCUCCGCUACGAUGCAUUUUGUCGUGACUGAUCCAAACUACCCGGAGGACACCCCUACCGACUGCAACCUGAUGUGGACAUAUGGAUCUUCGCCCGAGAAAAGAGCUCGAUGCAACAACAGUCAAUACUUUAUCCAUUUCCCUGAUGGUGCCGUGGACUUCAACCAGUUUACACUGGGACUGGAGAGGGUCUCAGGCCCGAUUGCCGAGAACGGGCAGGUUUCACUCAGCUCGGGCACGGAGUGGUCUUGUGUGGACAAUCCAGAGAGCGGCGUUCAGCUGAGCUGCUCGUAUGAUGGCGUUCUUAACAUGCCCGUGUGA